UAGGUAGUGAGUCCGUGUGUAGCAGUCGCAGUCUCAGUCUCAGAAGUUGGUUAUUAGCGGAGCCGUUUUCCUUGCUGUAAUGGCAGAGGACGAGGACGCGCGUCCGGUACCCGAAGACAAUAAUGAACUUCAUACUGAAGAAAAAGAAGAACAGUACCAGGAACAAGCAACCAUCGAACACAACGAGCUAGUAAAACUAACCAAGGAAGCUAUCAGAAACAUCAUAGAGAGUGACCCGCUUCUGAGGGUUUUGCCCAUUGAUCCAACGGUCGAAGAAAUUAAAGCGCAAUGUGCUGUUGCCCAAGGACAGGCUAUCGUUGUGUAUUUAGAUCGAAAUGUGCUGCCGAGAUUGUCGAUUGUGGUACCGCCCAAAAAGACUACUGUAUUGGAUUUGAAAAAUGCAAUAAAAAGACACACAAGCUUAGCACUAAAAAGAGAAAAAGUCAACAAAAAAAUCAGCUGGAAGCACGUUUGGAAAAAAUACGAUCUCUGCUAUGACGACAUUGUAUUGGACAAUGAUCACGAGGAGAUGGAAAAUUAUGGCAUUUGUAAUAAAUCAACCUUAAGGUAUAAGAAGAAAAGAAAACAAAAAAAUUAG